UAUGCAGUCAGCAUGUCCAGCAGAGUGUGCUCUGGGCUCAUGGCCGGGGUUUACAUGGUGGGGAUAGCAGAUGCUUUGGUCCACACAACAUUAGCAUUCCGCUUAUGUUUCUGUGGGUCCAAUGAGAUUAACCAUUUCUUCUGUGAUUUACCUCCUCUCUUCUUCCUUUCCUGCUCUGAUACGUGGAUCAAUGAGCUGGUGAUAUUCACCAUUUUUGGCUUCCUUGAACUGAGCUCCAUUGCAGGAGUUCUUGUGUCUUAUUGUUAUAUUAUUCUAUCAGUUUUGAGGAUACCCUCUGCCGAGGGACGGUUCAAAGCUUUCUCAACCUGCACCUCCCACUUAACUGCUGUGGCCAUUUUCCAGGGAACUGUGCUCUUCACGUAUUUCAGGCCAAGCUCUUCUUACUCUCUAGAUCAAGACAAGAUUACCUCAUUGUUCUACACCCUUGUCAUUCCCAUGUUAAACCCCCUGAUUUAUAGCCUACGGAACAAGGACGUGAAAGAGGCUCUGAAAAAACUGAAAACUAAAAGGUGUUUUUAA